AUGCUCGAGCAUCGAACUCAUCAUAUACUUGGUCUCUGUGGCUCCGAGUGCCUGGCAUCAUUUCCAACACUUAACACACACACCACCACCACGUUGUGGCUCUUUACGAAUUCAGUUUCGUGUCCUGAUAUAAAAAGAACAGUGAUGAAGAUUUCUGACUUAGCUUAUGCACUGAUCAGUGCUGCUACAAAAGGUGCAAAUGUUGCUAGCAUUAUUCGAUCAGAAGACACGCUACUUCAGCUUCUCACAGAGGAAAAAACCGGGGACCAGAAAAAUGAACGGUUUGUCCAAGACUUCAAAACCCUUGCUGAUGUCCUUAUCCAGGAAAUGGUUCGACAUGAUCUUGACAGGAAAUUUCCUGGGCUUGGAGAAAAUUUGUAUGGUGAAGAAAGCAGUGAAUUUACAAAUGCUAUUGGAGAGACUGUUAAUGUUGAAAUAAAACCCAGCCAACAAGAAAACUAUGAAUUACUUUGUAAGUCUAAUUUGUUUUAA